AUGGUUCAAUCACAUGCAUUCGCUGCUGAUCUUAAAUGCUUGUGCAAUCGAGAACAGCUUCCUAAAACAAGCAAGUUUUUAUCUCUAAAUCCCUUUUUAGACGAGCAUGGAAUCAUUCGCGUGGGCGGUAGGCUCCAGCAUGCUGACUUGCCCUAUUCAGUGAAACACCAAAUAGUGUUACCAUCCAAGCAUCCAUUUACUAAGUUGUUAAUAAAGCACGAGCACACUAAGCUUCUUCACGCAGGAGCACAAAUGACGUUGACCUCCAUACGUCAAAGGUUCUGGCCGUUGAACGGGAGGAAUACUGUUCAUCUUAUCGUUAGAAACUGUAUAGCAUGUUUUAGGAUGAAUCCUCCAAUGAUCCAGCCCCUCAUGGGCAAUUUACCAAGGCAUAAAGUUCAAGCCUCACGAGUCUUUGCGAAUAUUGGGAUUGAUUUUUGUGGUCCUUUUCAAUUACGUGAGAGCAAACGACGAAACUCAAGGACGGUGAAAUCUUAUGUCGCAAUUUUCGUGUGUUUGGCGGCAACUAAGGCCGUGCACAUUGAAAUGACAUUUGAUUUAUCAGCCGAAGAGUUCAUACAUACCCUCAAACGCUUCAUUGGACGCAGAGGCAAGCCGAGUCACAUUUUUUCGGACAAACUUCACGGGAGCAGACCGAGAGCUAAGUGA